CUCUCCUCCCUCCGGGACAGCGCUGCCACCCCCCCGCAGCCCGCCCGUCCGGGCCGCCGGUUCGGCCGGCGGAGGGCGAGGUGCGCCGGCCCGCCGCGCCGGGAGGGGACGGCCCCGCUCCGCCUGCCCCGCCGGCCGUCGUCGGGGCGAGGAAGCCACCGUGCAGGCGGUUCCUUCAGGAUGUCACGUAGAGGCGUAGCGACAGGCAGGGAGCGGCGGCGGGUCGCGUAGAGCCCGGUCCUAGCCUGGUUUGUGAGCCACUCUCCCGAAUUGGUAUGCAAGGCUUGCUGGAGCUGGGGAUACCCACCGCCUGCCAAGAGGAGUGCUUGGAGGAACGUGGCUUGAUCUCCCUCUUGUGGAAAAUUGUCGGAACUAAAUUCUCGUGAUACUAAAGAAGAAAAGUCCAGCAUCAGCAAACAAAUGAUGGCAGCAGUUACUAAGCCACCUGAUGCUCUUGCCGGUCCUCAAGGAAAUGAAGAGAUGGACUCGCAGAUCGUCUUGCAUUAUAAUUACACAGGAAAGCUUGUUUUAAGGGAAAAGGCAACUGAUAGCAUAGACUGGCCCACUAUUUCAUUUCUGAUCCUGUGUAGUUUCAUAGUCCUGGAAAACUUGAUGGUAUUGAUUGCCAUAUGGAAAAACAACAAAUUUCACAACCGCAUGUACUUUUUUAUUGGCAAUCUAGCUCUGUGUGAUCUUUUAGCUGGGAUUGUUUACAAAGUAAACAUUCUUAUGUCUGGGAAGAAAACUCUGAGCUUGUCUUCCACAAUCUGGUUCAUUAGGGAAGGCAGUAUGUUUGUUGCCCUGGGAGCCUCCACUUUCAGCUUACUAGCAAUAGCUAUUGAGCGGCAUUUGACCAUGAUUAAAAUGAGACCCUAUGAUGCAAAUAAAAAAUACAGAGUGUUCCUUCUCAUUGGUACAUGCUGGCUUAUUUCGAUUUCCUUGGGUGCCUUACCCAUCCUUGGCUGGAACUGUAGAAACAACUUACCAGAUUGCUCAACUAUUUUGCCUCUGUACUCCAAGAAGUAUGUUGUGUUCUGCAUUAGUAUCUUCAUCGCCAUUUUGGUUGCCAUUGUCAUCCUUUAUGCCCGUAUCUACAUACUGGUGAAGUCCAGCAGUCGUAAUGUCACUAACCACAAUAACUCGGAGCGGUCCAUGGCGCUCCUUAGGACUGUCGUGAUCGUUGUUAGUGUCUUCAUUGCCUGUUGGUCUCCGCUGUUCAUCCUGUUCCUCAUCGACGUGGCCUGCAGAGUCAAGGAGUGCUCUAUCUUGUACAAAGCCAACUGGUUUAUUGCUCUGGCAGUCAUCAACUCUGCAGUGAACCCCAUCAUCUACACUCUUGCCAGUAAGGAAAUGCGUCGGGCUUUCUUUCGCCUUGUUUGUGGCUGCCUGGUGAAAUCCAGGGUAGCCAGAUCUUUGCCUAUUCAGCCCACGCCAGAUCACAGUCGAAGUAAAUCCAGCAGCAGCAAUACCCAGAAGCCAAAGGAAGAUUUCCCACCGAUGAAUGUUCCCUCAUGUAUUGUUGAGAAAAAUGAAUCUUCGUUUCACAAUGGAAACUUCUGUAAGUAAAGGACUCCUCGAGACAAGUACCUUUCUGUGGCUUCUAGAUUUAAACUGCAAGUGUAGUUUGAGCAUUCGUGCACUUAAGUCACGGGGAAAACACUAACCACUUAUUUAACUUUGAAGACUUAUUUAUCAACAAUCAUUUCUUUGGGUGUUUGUUCAGUAACACACCUGAUUCAGAAAAAAAACCUUUCAUGCUAUCCAACAGCCAGGACAGAGUCCAUGCACAUCUAAUAACAUUGUGCACCCUGAUGGCACUGCAUGAUGAGGCUGCAUUUGGCACUGCCUGAUCUUGCAAGACAUCAAGAGAACCUGUUAGAAAAUUCAGCAUUCACUAAACACUGCUGACAAUCAGAAAAUGAGCCCAAUCGUCGCUGCCUGGCAGAAAAGCUCAUUACGUAUGCUGGUGAUUAUAGUUCUCUAUACGUAUCUUGCUAUUAUGUUAAUGGCCUUAUAUGUAUGUGGUAUAAAUAGCUGUAUAUUUGUACAAUUCCUUAUUAAAAAGUCAUUGUUUGGUAAAAGUUUACAAUAUGGUAAACAUUGUAUUGCAGUAUACAGUGUAAGGUGACAAAUUAUACAAAUAGAUAGGUGUGUUUCAAUGGGGAUAUUUGAAAAUAUAUGAAGUAGUAGCUUUUAACUGACAGGAACUUUAAAAUGUCAUAGCAAUGAAGUGUUUUUGGUUUUUCCACUGUUAUUGAAACUUUUCAGGUUUAGACAAAGACAACAUAACAGUUGUCACUGUGACAUUUCACAACUUAUUUUAAACAAGCAGUAGUAAAUAACCAUGGAGAGAGGCUAUAUACGUUUCCUAUUUAAAGUAGUUAAAAUGUGACCCAACAAUACACGUGUAUCAAGUGUAUAUACUGUUUCAAUGCCUAUAUUUUUACUUACUAUUUCCAGUGUAUUUAAAAAUGUAUGUCAAACUAUGUAAACCUGUGUAUAUUGUGAAUGCACUACCUAAGCUGAGAUUCUUCAGUUCUGAAACAGAGACGUAUCAUUUCAGAAAGCAAUGAACCACAAACGGGUCCCUGUGGAGCUGCUUCUUUUCUCUCCAGGCACUACCACAGCAUGGGAUUGUGUUAGACAUUCUCUCUGGGAAGAAGUCUAGCCGGUGGAACAAGAUCCCAUUUUCUGGCAAUGGGACCCUACACUCCUACUGUCUUCGGGCACUUUUGCAGAUACAAGAGGGAAGAUGCGGUACAACAGGAUCAUGCUGAAGGGCAUAUCUCCAUUUAUACCUGACCCUGUCUUGGAUCUGGAAUGAAAGCCUGUUUAUUUUGGAAGACCUUCCAACUUUCCUGGAGCCCCAGACUUAAUCUUUUGAGAGGCUGUUCCAGAGAAACCUGUAUGAAAGCAACUUUAUGGUUCAUUACUGUCUUAUCAGCCUCAGUACCAGAUGGCGUUCAACAUCAGGGGGAUUCCCUGAGACCUAGAGCAGUUAAGACUUCAUAAUCACCUGUUUUCAAGUCCUCGUGGAAGUGGCCUGUGGUACUUCCGUCAGUAGUACUUCAUGGCUCAAGUCUUCAGUGGAGGUUGAUGGGAAAUUCUGAGAUUAGUUCCCAUUGUCCUUUAGUAAGAAUAUAAGCAUCUAACUUUAUUGGCUCUCUCAGAGUUUUGUGUUUAAUGUGUCAAACCACACCUUGCCUUAUGCACAAUCAGAUGUAAUCGAGGCUUUUUUAAUACACAGCCUGAAAGAGCUGAUCCUUAGUUUUGCUCCGGUCUUAAUCAUUUAAAGCAGCAGCAUUAGACUCUUCCCAAGUUAUGUACAAGUGUGUAAGUUGUGUAAUGUGUGUAGCAAGAGCCUUUAAAAUGUAGAGGUUUGCAUUGUGAUUAUCUUUUACAAGUUAACAGUCUGCUUGUAAAUGUUUUAUGCUGUUAGAGUAGUAUAAGAACAAAGAAAACCUGUAUUUGAACGAAAAAACUGUGAAAGAGAGUAGUAAACACAAAAUAAUUUCUACCAAAAAUGUUAAGAAGCAGUGCACUUAGAGAAGAAGAAAAAGCUAAGCUAAACUAAGCAUGAUAUAACUACAUGAACUGUAAAUACAGGCUGGGUCAGCAGCUCUGUGGCUUUGUGAGAAGUAGAACUGGUGACAUUGCAUUGCCGUGGCUUGCUUAGGUUUUUAGAUCUUACAGUGCUAUUUGGCUGUAUUUUCAUUGUGGAAGUUCUCCCUUGAAGUUGUGUCUUUGGAAACUGACAGCUAAACUAUUUGUAUACUUCUAAAUGUUAGUUCAUGAGGUGGUGGCACGUGGCAGCAUUCCUUGCUAUUGUAGAGCAGAAAGGCCUUAGUAACACAACGGUUUGAGAAAACAUUGUGGCUGACCCCACACCAAGUCUCAUGUCAAGAAUGUUACAUGAUUAUCAUUGUUUAGGUGAAAAAAAAAAAUAGUAUUUUUAAUAGCCAAAGUCCAAGAACAUGCACAUAAAAGUGAGUUUUAAUAUCUGGAUUCUAGCCUUAGCUAUUGGCAGAGUUGAUGGGAGGUACAAAUAAUGCAAGCAACUCCUCUGUUGGAGACCAUGUGAUUGUGUGUCAGUACAAAAACCUUUCACUCUAUUUUGAUUUCCUUCUCUUAUUUUGGAGCUGUGGGGAUAUUUUGUCAGUUCACUACCCUGCUGUACUUGAAGCAGGCUCGUAAGAUUCAUUGGUUCACAUGUAACACUGAUAAUAUAAUUUACAAAGUACUUAUAAUUGAAGAGAAAAAAACUGUUGUGGAUACAGUUACCAGUGGGUACAUCCCACUGGUAAAGCACAGAUUCUGGAAGAUUCCAGAGCAAAAUUUUAACGUAGAAGAGGUUAAGGGGUUAACAGCAGUGGACUGUAAACAACCAGGAAGAUGUCCUAUCCCUGAAGCUGGAAAAGAUGGAGAAUAGCUUUUUUCACCCUAAAAUAUUAGAAAAUUCCUUAAAAUGCAUCACAGAAUCCAAACUUUUUGUCAUCUAGGCUGAUUAAAGCAUACAAGAAACUGAAUCAAGUCUCCCUUUCCCAACUGGUUUUAUAUGGAGCAAAAGUUACAAAGGAGAGUAACAUUUCCUUCAUAUUAUUUCAGGAAUUGUAAUAUUUAUUUUGGUUCUGGACUACAAAAGAAAUGCAAAUCAAACUACCUAAGGAGAAAAAAAAAUCUUUCACAAGAUGCUUUCCAAGAAUCUUUUAUUGCCAACAGUUUUACAGAAUAUUUUCAACUCAUUAGGUACCACAAACAUUUUGAAAACUUUUAAUUAAAUCUCAAACCUUUGAACCAAA